CCCGGUUUCCUUCUCUCGCCCCUUGGACCCUGAGGCAGCCCUGGACAGUGACGAGCAGGGCUUUUCUCUCCUUUGGACACAGGAGCAAAAGAGCCCCAGAGUCAGAGUCAAGGGUCUGGCCCAAGGUCACUCCUGGGGUCAAUGGCAGAGCCCAGAAGGAACCUGGGACUCCUGACCUGCCCCGCCUCGCAGGAGGGAGAGGGCAGCGAGCGAGAAGAGCCUCUCCCACCCCACCAUCCAGGGAAGCAGGGAGCUCCCUUUAUCCAAGAAGGUGGCUACCUGCAUGUGUAGCAGGCCACAGGCUGGGACACUCCUGAUGUCAGAAGUGAGUGGGCAGAUUGACUGACCAUAGGCAGCCUCUUGGCAUCAGCAUGAAUUCCAGGAUCCUGUCUGCUCGGGGCUGGCUCAGCACCCACCCAUCCACCUCUGAGCCCAACCUCGAGACUGCCACAGAUGGGCCAGCCUCGGAGACCACCACCCUCAGCCCAGAAGCCACCAGCUUUAAUGACACCAGAAUACCUGGCGUGGGCAGCGGUGCAGCCGGCGUGGGCACAAUGCUUCUGUCCUUUGGAAUCAUCACGGUGAUUGGCCUGGCUGUGGCCAUGGUUUUGUACAUCAGGAAGAAGAGGCUGGAGAAGCUACGCCACCAGCUCAUGCCCAUGUAUAACUUCGACCCCACGGAGGAACAAGAUGAGCUGGCGCAGGAGCUGUUGGAGCACGGGCGGGAAGCUGCCUCCGUGCAGGCCCUGCAAGGCAAGACCACUCUCCCGUCUCAGGGCCCGCUGCAGAGACCCAGCCGGCUGGUAUUCACCGACGUAGCCAAUGCCAUCCAAGCGUGAGUGACCCACAGUCAGGCCUGGACCUCUACUGAAGACACCUGCCUCAGCACCCACAGAGCUGCCUACUCUCGGGACCUGCCCUGCCAUGGCCCCAGCUGUUCCCAGGACCUACCUGCUGACUCCAGGCCGGGCAUCUGGCCACUGGCGUCCCCUGAUGUGAGGGUCCUGGUACAGAGGCUAUCCCUCCCACCAGGAAGGCCGAGAGCCCCUGCUGGCUUCCUCGUGUUUUGCCCAGACCCCUCAUAUCAGGGUCUGCUCCUCUAAUGUGGAGGAAAUGGAGAGAUAUGGGAGGGGAGGGAAGGAGUGCGGGGAGGGACCUGUGUUUAGAACCUGGAGCCUUCUCUGAGGUGGGAGAGGUAACCACCCAGGUCUUGGGGACAGAGCAUGGUGGCACCGAGGGAUGGAGCUGAAACUGCCCAAUGGGCAGGGCUGCUAGGAGGAAGGCUACUCACACCCCAUGCAAGUCCACAUUGCAGAGUGUCCGUGAGGUCUCUCAACCACCCCUUCCUGGCAGCCAGCUGUUGGCUGGGCCCAAAUGAGGAUGGGAGCUGAGGCGGAAGAGAAGUGGGGGAACAGGUGUGGAAGUGGGGGGACAGAGGCAGUGUCCAGACCUGCUGCAAGGCCCAUUCCUGUGCCUGAAUGUGCCCAUGCACGGACGGAUGCCUGUCCCAGCACAGGGGCAGGAGGCAGACCCUCUGCACUGGCUCCACCUUCAAGUAUCGCCCUCCCC